AUGGCGAUCGCUCACGCUGCAGCCGAGUACGUGUUCGGUGAUUUACUGCUGAAGGAAGCCGGUAAAGACGGAAACAAACAGAGAGAAGUGAGAGUGGAGUUAGGAGUGGAUAAACUGCUCAGUGUUACUGCGGUAGCGCUUCCAUUACUGCUCAUCUCACUGGCCUUCGCUCAGGAAGUGUCUGUGGGAACGCCGAUCAGCUGUUUCGCUCCCAUGAACUUCUCAUGGCGUCAGGCGGCGUACGUGGAUAAUUACUGCUGGGCUGCUGUACAAACGCAGGAGACGGGAGGGCUGCCACUCUCCUUACAUAAGUUCUUUCCGUACAUCCUGUUGCUGACGGCGGUUCUGGUUUACGUUCCCUCGUUGUUCUGGCGCUUCACGGCCGCCCCGGUUCUCUCUUCUGAUCUGUCCUUCAUCAUGGACGAGCUCGAUCGUUCCUACAACAGAGCCAUCAACCUCACCAAGUACCUGGACAACGCCUCCAAGCAUCGAGAUACGCACGGCACAGACUCAGUGCAGGACCUGACGGAGAGCUGUUUCAAGUACCCGUUAGCGGAGCAGUACCUGAAGACCAAGCGCUCCUCCCGCGUCAUGCUGGUGCACUACCUGCUGUGCAGGGCGAGUACGCUGAUGGCGCUGAUCCUGGCCUGCGUGUACCUGUGUUACUACAUCCGCCUGACCGUGACGGACGAGUUCCGCUGCAACAUCCGCACGGGCGUCCUGCUGAACGACUCCAGCGUGCCGCCGGCGCUGCAGUGUAAGCUGGUCGCCGUGGGCGUGUUCCGCCUCCUCAGCUACGUGAACCUGGUGGUGUACGUGCUGCUGGCGCCCGUCUGCCUGUAUUCCUUGCUGGUUCCCAUCAGGAGCUCGGCCGGGUUCCUGAAGCCCUACGAGAUCCUGCCCACCCUCGGCGUGAUGGAGUUCGGAUCGAGGACCUGGGACGACCUGACUGUCUACCUGCUGUUCCUCCAGGAGAACCUGACCCAGCUUAAUAGCUACAAGUGCCUGAAGGUCCUGGAGAUGCUACAGCAGAACGGAGCUGAAGGUUCUGAUCCACUGAUGCUGCUACACGCGUUGAGGCAGGUGAAGAGUGACGUCCUGGACGGUAGACUGAAACCCAACCCGCAGAAAUCGGACAAGGCGGAGAAGCAAGACAACUGCCUGGAGAUGAAGGAAGUCUCUCCUCUGUUAGACCAGGACCGUGCGGAGACGUCUGGGGACGAGAACGCGGUACGCCACAGAGUCUCCUGAUGAUGGUGACACUGGACUGGUACUGUGGACGUGCUCUCAUGUCUCUCAAAUCAUCCGUAUGAGCUGAAAAAGAAACAAAUAUCUUUGUGGUUUACACCGAUCAUGCAGGUACUUCGGGUUAUAGCGUAAUUAUAGCAAGACUAUCAUGUGGGGUAUUUAUGAACGGUAAUGCCACUGUGAACCUCCAGCAAGGUGCACUCAGGGACGAGGGGGGUUCGUCUCAUUUGAUCCUCAGACCACUAGGUCGUGUAUGUGCCAUAAAUCAGUAGGGCUGGAUAAUCAGAUCGUAAUUGUUUAUAAUGCCAAAAAAACUACGUCUUUGUAUUGGUUAACUCUUGCUAA